AUGCCAGUGCCCAAGGUCUUCUGGCACACAGACUAUGCGAUGGAUACAUUUUUUGGCAGAUGGGACAGUUCAGGCAGCAUCCGCCAAAGCAGUCCUGAAGUGGCCGCAGGCCCCGACAGCUGCCACUGUCGCUCCACCGCCACCACGACGACUCCACUAGCUACCGGGUUCACUUCCACCGCUGCCCCAGUUUCGCCUCCACCUGCACCUCCACCCCCACCUCCGCCACUUAGGAGUCCUCCCCCUGCCACCAUGCUUUGGAUGAUGAAGCCACCAUGCAUGGCUAAGGAAAAGUCAAGUCCCGAAAGCCCACCGCCUUUGCCCCAGCGCCGGCGCACGCUCAGGGGGCCGGGGCAUUGGGGUGGUUGCGGGCUCACAGAAGUGGGGAAGUGGGUCGGCUUUGAAGGCGAAGAAGAUGUUGAGGAGGUCGAGGUCGAUCAGACGCCCAAGCGAAAGGUGCACGGCCGGCAGGCUACAGCAUUUGCUCCAAAGAAGGCCGCGGACGUCGAAUUCGACGAUGAUGCGGAAGAGCUUGAUGUAGAGGAGGACGGAAGCGGGCCAAAGCGACCCGUGCACUCACGCAAGGCCACGGCCUUCGUGCCAAAGCGGACAGCCGCAAGCGUAGAAUUUGAAGAUGAUGCCGAGGAUGUCGAAGAAGUCGAGGUAGACAAGACUCCGAAAAGGAAGGUGCAUGGGCGCCAGGCUACUGCAUUUGUGCCAAAGGCAAAAGCCAGCAGUGGCGUCAACUUCGAAAACGACGUGGAAGAGAUGGAUGAUGAGGAUGGUGAGGAUGACGGCGCACCAAAAAGAAACGUCCACGGGCGGAAGCCGACGGCUUUCGUGCCAAAAGGCAAGCCCAUGGCUUCAGUGGAAUUCGAUGAUGAUGACGAUGACGUUGAUGAGGUGGAGGUGGACCAAACGCCAAAGCGAUCUGUCCAUGGACGCCAGCCGACAGCUUUCGUCAAGAAGGCCAAAGUGUCAACCGGGCAGGUUGCCUUCGAUGAUGCUGCGGAAGAAGUAGAUGGAGAAGAGGAGGAGGAUGGACCAAAGCGGUCCGCACAUGGCCGCAAAGCCACAGCCUUUGUCCCAAAGUCGCGCGCAUCACCUGGCGUAAGCUUUCAUGACGACGCCGAAGAGGUUGAGGUAGAAGGGCACGAAGAAGGAGACGCGCCAAAGCGGUCGGCUCACGGCCGUAAGGCUACAGCCUUCGUGCCAAAGGCAAAAGCAUCAGGAGCUGGAGUCUCAGGUCCUCUGUAG